AUGGCUUUGAGAUUGACGUAUUCAUUGAAAAAGGUGACAAGCCCUAUGCUUGGGCAGCGCUUCAUGUCUGUCAUCAAUAUCUCUGACAUGGAUGCCACCACCAAGUUCCAAGAAGUGAAUCAAAAGAACAUCAUGUACUUCACAGCCACAUGGUGUCCACCUUGCAAGGCAAUCAAGCCCGUCUACGAAGAAUUGGCCAAGAAAUACGACGGAGUUAGCUUUGGAAAAAUUGAUGUGGAUGACAACUCCGAGGCCGCAGCAGAGUUCCAAAUCUCGGCGGUUCCAACCUUCAUCUUCUCGAAUGGGCAGCGUUUUUCAGGAGCCGAUCCAAAUCAGCUUGAACAGUUGAUAAAGGCACUGGAUGAAGAGUAG